AGUUUGCUUUUUUGUCACAGGUAGUCAUGGAGUUACUUGAUGGUGGUCCCUUAACAGAUGUUGUGACAGAAACAGUGAUGAAAGAGACUCAAAUUGCUGCUGUAUGUUACCAUACAUUGCAAGGUAUCAAUUACCUCCACAAAAAUGGUGUCAUUCAUAGGGACAUCAAGUCUGACAAUGUCCUCUUAGGUAAAGAUGGGUCUGUCAAGGUGACAGAUUUUGGAUUUUGUGCUAACAUUUCAGGAGAUGAGAAGCGUCAGACUAUGGUUGGAACACCAUAUUGGAUGGCACCAGAGGUAGUGAAUAGAAAGCAGUAUGGGAAAAAAGUUGACAUUUGGUCGCUGGGCAUUAUGGCUAUAGAGAUGAUUGAUGGUGAACCACCAUAUCUGAAUGAAACACCGUUACGUGCGCUUUACCUCAUUGCUUCAACUGGAAAACCGGUUGUAGCAUCCUGGGACAAACUGUCACCUGAAUUUCAGGAUUUCUUAAACAGAUGUUUGGAGGUGGACAUGGAGAAGAGAGCAUCAUCUGAAGAGCUUCUAAAUCACAAAUUCCUCAGUAAAAGGAUCAGCACAACCACUCUGAAGCCUCUUAUUGAAGCUGCCCAUAAUAUUCUCAAGAAAAAGAUUCCCUAAGAAAAUAGAAGUCUUUGAUAUCCUGUCUCAUGAGAAUGAAAACAAAAUUAUGGAGUUUUAAUUUCUAGCAAUAGCAAUAAUCUUUUGUUUCACAUUCAGUGACUGAAUUUCCCUUUCUCAUUUAUGAUUUUGAUUCCCUUGACUUCAGGAUUAUUUAUAUGAAACUGCACCAAGUAACUGAUCCUGAAGAAAAGUUGUUUAAAGAGGCAAUAAAUGUCUUAAAGCAAUAAAAGCACUAAAAGUUAUUUAUAUUUUUCUUUGUCGGGAAUGAAGGUUAAUCCAGGUAUUAAUAUAUAAAUAAUACUAGUGACUUCUCUUCAGAUUGUAUCUAACCUCAAAUCAAUGGGCAUGCCAUGUACAUACAUGCCAUGCCCACUCUGAGUUUACAUCGUUUUUACACUUGUACUAAAUCACUAAUGACCAGUACUACUUGUCUCACCUGAUUACCCUUUUCCUUGAUUUUUGAAAAUAUUUUGUUUUCUUCUAUUGCCACUACUAAAAGCAAUAACAUAGUAAUUAUAAUGUCUAUAAUAAAAAUAACACCUUCAUAAUUGAUAGUAAUAGUGAAAAAAAAAAUGUUUUUCAUGCAAAUUCAAGGAAGGGUUAAAUUAGGUAAGGUCACAAGGUCUACUAAUUGACUCGUUUGUGGCUAAGUAUUAGCAGAGUCCUCUAAAAUGAAUAUAGCAUUUUCCUGGUGAUGUUGGUUUAACCCAAUGCCGACGGGCAUGACGUGUACGUAUGUGCUUUGCCCACUGUGAGUUACUUAAAUUAGGUAAGGUCACAAGGUCUACUAAUUGACUCCAUUGUGGCUAAGCGCUAGCAGAGCCAUCUAUGUGCAGAGACAUUUCACAAAUAAUAUAUAAAAUGAGCACAGCAUUUUCUCCAUUUUUUAUUCAUUUUCCCUGGCAACAUUGGGUUAAUAAGACUUGGAAACAAGUAAAACAGUAAAAAAAGUAAUAUUUUAAACAUUAAUUAUUUUUACUGUGAGCCAGUUAUUUUUCUUAGCUCAGUGCAUGGGGAAAUGCUGUGCUAAUUUUAUUUUUUUUUUGUGAAAUAUGUCUGCACUUAGAUGGCUCUUCUAGUGCUAAGCCACAAAGGAAUCAAACUGUGACCUUAACUGAUUUCACCUUUCCUUGAAUUGACAGAUUUUUUUUUUUUUUUCCCCUUUUUUACUAGUGCUAUCAAUAUUGGUGUAAUUUUUAUUAUAGAUAUAAUUAAUGUUAUUGAUAUUAGCAAAACAUUGUUGAAAAGCAACAAAAAGGAUAAACAGUAGUAAACAAUGAGCUGUCAUAAUUAUCUCAUUGGUGGCUUAGUACAAGUGUAGCCAUCUACGUGUAAAAACAAUUAAUAGAGUAAACUCAAAGUGGGCAUGGCAUGGACUUGCAUGCCAUGCCUGUCAGUAUUGGUUAAGGAACCUGCCGCAAUGUCCAGGUACAAUUUUCAGGCCAUUUAGUGUUAUAUCAUCCAAAGUCAUUUAAAAGUUAUUUUAGGAAUACUUGAAGAACUUGUAAUUUUGAUUACCUGAUAAUAUUUAUCAGGUAAUCAAAUUUAACAAAGCUUGUAAACACAGUGUUUACUGUUGUCAUUUAUCAAAGGUAAAGUUUUGUAUUUAAGAUUUUUUUUUUUUUUUUUUUUUCUUUUUUUUUUUCUUUUUUUUUUUUAUUAAUUAAUUAAUUCAAAGAAUAGAAAUCAAUCUUAUGUACUUCAUACUAGUCCCCUUGUCCUCCAGGUACAUGAUUGAUGUUAGUAAUAACUAGUUAUAUGAAGUGGUGCUCAUUGUACUAUAAGGUCUAGUUUUAGGUGUAUUUUCAGUAAUGUCGAUAGUAAUGAAGUUACUUUAGAAAUAAGAUUGUGCUAUCACAUAUCAUGACAGUAAAUACAAAAAAGUCUUGUGGUUUAAUCAUUUCUGUUUUUCAUCUUCUCCUAUUCCCUCUCCCCCUCCUCUUCCCCCUCCCCUCUCUCAAUGGAUGGAGCUUUGAGAGUUCAAUUUGUUAAUUGUGUGUUUGACAUGAAUGUUGAUUCUCAUAUAUUUCAUACAUUCCUUGCGAACUCGUUGUUUACAUGUACACUAUUUUUUUAUGGUAAUUUGCCAGUAAGCAAAGGAGAGCAGUUUGUAAUAAUAAUAACUUAGAUUAGAUUGUGGAUAAGUUAAAAGACUUCUUUUAUGCCAAAAAAAUACAUUUAUCUAAUUUGUCAUGUAGAUGUUAUUUAUGGUCCCGUUUAACUUUCCACAGUGUAUUACUUGGGAUUUACAAUUGUUGUACAUGUCCUGGUCAUCAUUAUUGUCAUUAUUGUUACAGUUGAGGAAAAUGUAAAAUGUUUCUGGCAAAGGUAUUUCACGACCAUUAGUUUCUAGCUGGCAGGUUGGACUUAUUGUUUUUAUUAAAUGGCUUUUUUAUUGACAUCAUUUGAUAGGCCUGGCAUUGCUAGUUAUUGCAUGCUGGAAUGGGCUGAUUAUUAGCAGAAUUUAUUUGCCCAUACACCCCAUUUUUCACCUAUGAUUAUUGUUUAUUGAAUUUUAUUUAUGAAAAUUGCCAAAAAAUAUAGCUAACAUUCAGGUUUAACUUCAUAAGAAAAUUAUACCCAGAGUUGAUUUACUUAGGUUUAAAUAUAUCAUAAAUUUUGUCCCUUAUACAGGUACUUAGAAUACCAGGAAGUAUUGUCAAACUAAAUAGUAAAGAUGUCAUAAUAAAGAAUUUGAAUUUA